AUGCGAAUCGACAAGAUGGAGAACAGAUGUGGGUACGAUAAACCAACGCCUCCAAUGUUCCUUGAUGGAAACUUCACGAAUGAUGAGUGUACCAUCACAUCAUCACAUCUGCCUCACGUCCGUCUUCCUGGACUUUAUUUCCUGCAAGGCGAUUACGUGGUAGUCGAUGCGCCCUGCAGCUUCGAGAAGGGCGUAGAGAUUGGCGUUGGUGGAGACUGUCCUGGCGUUGUAGGUGCAGAGCAUGAGACAAUUUCCAUGGCGAGUGGUUGA